AAGUCCGUACCGCUCUCCUUCCCCCAGAGCCCUAACUCGAGCCCGGGGCUUUGCGGCCUAGCCGGCCGGUGUGGGUUUCCCGCGGUCGGUACCCGGGCAGGCAGAGCUGAGGCCGAGCCGGAGGGUGUAGGCGGUGGGGUAGGAGGGCGCUGUACUUACCGUCGGUGACGGCUCCCAUGGCGGUGGCGGCGAGUAGCAGUGAGGUCAGACUCCCAGAAUGCAGCAGCGGCGGCAGCAGCCGGAGAGACAGGCAGGAGCAUGGAGGCCUCGGUCACCGCCUCGCCUUCCCUAUAAGCUCCCCCCAGUGUCGGGCGGCCCAGCGCCUCCUGCCCACAGCCGGACACACAGCCCCAGGCAGGCCUCCCCGGGCCCCGCAGCGGAAAGAAUGUCGGAGAGGGCCGAGGAUGACGUCACAGGGGAGCAGCAGCAGCGCAGAGCGGCGGCGGGCAGGCAGCAACGGCGGCAGCAGCAGCAGGGAGAGAGCUCGUCGGCAGCAGCCAUGGCCGCCGGAGGGGAUCGCACAUCCCUGCCCAGUCCCGGAGCCAUGCUGGGGCAGCCGUGGGCUCACUGGGUAGAGGCAGUGAAAUUACACGGGCUGGAAGAACUGGAGGAAAGUUGGAAGGAGUGCGAUAAAAAACGGGAAAGCAUGCGACUAAGCAGAGAAGAUAUGGCAAUAUUUGGCCUGUGCCCGGCCUACGAUGAGUUCUAUCUGGUGAUGUGCAGCCACUGUAAUCAGGUCAUAAAGCCACAGGCAUUUCAAUCUCAUUAUGAAAGAAGACACAGUUCCAUAAACAAAACUCCCGUGACGCCGCCAUCCUCCUCAACGAACUCCCUCUAUUCCACUGUGUCUUCAAAAACGAAACCAAGCGGUGGCGGCAGUUGCAGCAGCACGCGCCCGUCCUCUGGAAGUAGUGCCUCGUCCAACUCCAAGCUGAUGAAAUCUCCCAAAGACAAGCUGCCAAUCGGGGGAAGCAACAAAUCAGUGCAUCCUGUGCAGCACAGCAAAGCCCCCCAGGAAAAAAUAAUGACACCAUCUGUGAAAGUGGAAAAGAUGCAUCCGAACCCAAAGAUAGAUGGGGUGUUAAAAUCUACUGCUGGUCCUGCCUGUUCUUCUACUGUGAGCUCUUCAAUAAAGACUGGCCUUAAUUGUCCAUCAAUACCAAAGCCACCCUUGCCUUCCCCUGGACAGAUACCAAAUGGUAAAGGCAUUCUCUCGACGACGCCGUUUUCGGAAAAGAAACCCGACGACACGAACAACAGGAAAUAUUUACAUAAGAGAUUGUCAGAUCGAGAGUUUGACCCUGAUAUACACUGUGGUGUUGUCGAUGUAGAAACCAAGAAGCCCUGCACUAGAUCCUUGACAUGCAAGACACAUUCCUUAGGCUACCGGCGAGCAGUACAAGGGCGCAAGAAACGUUUCGACGUGUUGUUAGCAGAGCACAAAAACAAGACGAGGGAAAAGGAAUUGCUUCGUCAUUCUGAACAUCAGCAGCAGGCGCCUGCGCUCAGGGAACCGCAUCCCGUACCUUCAAAAUCUUCCCAGGAACUGCACCAAAACUCUCAUGGACUUACUUCUCCAGAAGCAAAGCCUUCAAUAACCAAUAAGGCCAAGCCUCAUAACCCCAGUCUUCCAAGGCCUUCAGUCUACCCGGCAACGCACAGUGGAAAUGCCCCUAGCGACUCCCCGUCUGUACAUGAAUCCCCCCAACCGGUAGUAUCUGCUGCUGAGCCUACUUGCCGCUUUUCCAGUGAUGAGGGAGAGGGGGACGAGAAGGAGGAGUCUGCUGAAAAACUGGACUGUCAUUAUUCUGAUCACCACCCUCGACCAGCAGCUUAUUGCACAUUUGGUAGCAGGCAGAUUGGAAGAGGAUAUUACGUGUUCGACAAGCGAUGGGACCACAUCCGAUGUGCACUUAACUUCAUGGUGGACAAGCAUCUUAAUUCGCAAAUGUGGAGGAAAAUCCCUCCGGCAUCCAGCAACUCGUCAGCGCACGCUCCACACCGGACCAGCACAAAUGCAACGUCUGCGUCUCAUAGCGUCAACAGCACUGGUUUCCUCUCGCCCUGCACGGUGACCUCCCCUCCUGCGUCUGCCACCUCUCCCUGUGCGUCCCUCGACAAAGUGUCGUCACACGGAACUACACUAAACGCUCACCCGGUGGGGGCGAGCGACUCCGUCAGUAGUAUGCAAUCCAGACAAGUGUCUUCUUCACCAUCCACACCAUCAGUGCUUUCCCCUUUACUUUCCCCCCAUUCCAACAAGCCUCAAAAGUUAAAAACUGCUAAGUCCCUCAAGCCUAAAGAAACCCCAGCCAGCAGCACAAACUGCAGCAGUGCCAGUAGCAACAGCAGCAGCAGCGGCGGCGGUGGCGGCUCAGGAAAGAAACGGAAAACUAGCUCCCCACCCCAGCUGCUAGCUCACCCCCCUCAUUCCGCAGAGUCGAUAAGGAAAAACUGUGCACUGAACUCUGGGACCUACCACUCGCCGACGACGAAUUCGUCCCAGGGCAGCUCGCAUGGUAUCGGCCUCAAUUUUGUGAACAGUAAAUCUAACUCUGUCAGUCUUAAACAUGACCAAUCAGGGAGGGGUCCUCCAACAGGGAACCCUGCAGAAUCCAUUAAGAGGAUGAGCGUGGUCAUGAACAGCAGUGACUCCACGCUGUCAUUAGGGCCAUUUGUUCAUCAGGCUGGCGAGCAAACUGUGAACUCACAAAACAGCUUCUCCCACUCGCACGCUUCCCUGGACAAAUUAAUGGGGAAGAAGCGGAGAUGCUCGCCCGGCACCAGCAGCAUCACCACCAAUAACAGCAAAUCCAGUAAGGUUGCCAAACUGCCACCGGUGAACAAUGUUCACGCGAAACACAACAAUGUCAUAGCAGGGACUCAGGCGCUGACGAAUAAUUCGCUUCGGCAUCAGCCAAAGGCACGUCCCUGACAGCUGGUUCCGCUCUCAUGAGAAAAACAAACUGGACAGCUUUCACUACAAUCAGAAUCCUCCAGCUGGCUCCCCGGACCCCAAGAUGCCUUUGAGUUAUCUCAACCUUUUUUUCCCCAUGGUCCUCAGGAGCGGGAGUUUUUGUGAACUUGUCAGCUGGGAGAAGGAACUCCCCGAAGCCAUGUGUGUAGCAGAGAAUGCUAACCCUACGGACUCUCGAAUGUUCAGUCCCACCGCCGCUUUUAUCAGUGUUAACGUGGACUGACGCGCUCGCUACCGACCUGCGACAUCUCAUUCGCAUUAAAAGUUGCAAGCUUCUUUUAUUUUUUAUUCUGCAUUUGGUCUGGCAAAAAAAAAAAAAAUCACUUUUGUAAAAGUAUAAGAAAAACAAACAAACCCAAAAAGAAACGUCACUGUAAUAAUCUAGCAGGAGUGAUUUCUUCAGGGGAGAGACCAUGUCCGACGGAGGGGAGUACGGCUUUAUUCUGUCCUCUUUUUUUAUUUUUCUAAGAAAACCUCCACUGAUUAACUACUAAAAUAGCACAAUAAUAAAAGAGAGAGACAGACAGAAGUAUUGGCUUGGGCUAAGAAGCUGCGAGGAGUUUUAACGUCCGUAAUAUUUUGCUACAUAAAAACAAAACAAAAAAAAAGUGUUUCUACCCAUUCUGAACUUCCGGUGAUUGUAGACAGAAGCUGUCAUGUUUCCACGCUGAAAAACCAAACCAAGGUAGUUCAACAAUACAAAUAGAAACCACCCAAAGAGUCCUAAAGCUAAAGAAUCCCUCUGUGUCCUGCGUUGGCACUGACUUUCCCACCGUCCCCCUGUUUUUCCACUGUUGCCACCGUGCCGCCAUGUUCAGUCCAAUAAGUGCUUACCUGUAUGCGGCACAGCCAACUUUAUAAAUGGACCUAAAAUAGAAAAAAGUUUCCAUGUUUAUUCUAACUUUCUAGUCUGAGAUUUCAGGUACAAAUAUGCAAAAAGAGUCUCUCUUAUUCAUCCAUUUACCUCAUUUGUCCUCUAUGUAUAGAUCAUGACUUAUUUUCAUGGGAUGUUAUGUUUCCCAGUGCCGGCCCAUAAAGUUACCAGAUCCCAAUAUGUGUAGCCAAACAGAAGUAAAUAUCCAGAUAACUGUGGUCCUGUCGGACUUCUGACCGUUCUUCCAAGAUGCCCAUAGGGAAAGCAGGAUAUAGAACAAGGCCCAACUCAAUGUAGUAUCUGUGAUCCUAAUACUGAUCCUUAGCAGCCGAUAGCAUCGCUAGAUAACAAAGUCCAUUAUUUUUUAUAUACCAGGAGAUUCUCUUACAUGGAUUAUAAAGAUAUAUUUUAUAUAGGGUAGAGAAAUGUCCAGCAGGAACAAUUAGCCCAGUGGCUGGUAAGGUGCCCAUAUGAUAUUGGCUGCAGAUUCCUUCAGCUCAUUGGUCAGUGUAUGGCCUGUGCUUGUCUGGAUAUCUAUCAGGCCCAUUAUCUGUUAGCCUUCUGUGUUUGUAGCCAACAGAAUGUCACUGGCACCCAUGGUGACUGGAUUUUGGCCUUAAGCCAAUUGUUCAGAUGAGCCCGAUGCAGGCGACUGGUGUGAAAUUUGGUGACUUGCCCAAUGAGCAGAUCCUUACAUGCAUAGCCAGCUAUGUUCAUUGGUAGAUACUGCCGGCAGUGAGGGGGUUUUGCAUUAUGGCGAUGAGUCUUUGGUUUUGGGGUGUGUUCCAAAAAGGAUUCCCAGUCAUGUCCCAUGAUGACCAAAGCUAAGGGGAAAUAAAUAUGGUAUUUAUUAUUGUUGAAAUAAGAUUUCUAAGGUAUAAAGCCUGGUGUCCUACUUUAUUCACAUUCUCUGGCAGCUUUGGGUAGGAAGGGACCGACCAAAAGUGAUCAGUAAAGGACAACCAGCCCAGAACACUUGUUAGCAGCUCUACUGCCCCUAUUCCUCAGUGAAUUCUCCUCCCUUGUGUCUUCCCACAGCAGUGAAUCCAAUAAUACAUUGUUAGGGGAAGAGACCAAUCAGUGCGGGUUUCCUGCUGCAAAAGUGCCUUUAUUUGCACAAAACUGCUGAACAAGCUCUUUAUCCAGUGCCGUAUGAGUAAAGGCCAUUGUGUGCAGCAGAAAACCCGUUCCCAUCUGUUCUUAACAACGUAACAGGCAACCAUUGGCUCAGAGUUUUAUUGUCAAGAGGGAUCAGUGUUCAUAGCUAUGAAGCAGGAUAUUUUUUGGGCUUUUUCCUUUUGGCCCCCCAAUGUGUGUCAAACCCCCAAUAUAGGCCCACAAGCAAAGUAAAAAUCCUGCCUGAUCAGAUCAGCCAUUCAGUAUAUACCUGGGUUAUCACUUCAAGUCCUUAGGAUGGCCAGUAUAUAUAUUUAUUUACUUAUGCAGGCACUGACAUAUCGCUUGGCUCUGGUAUCUAUAAAUAUGGUGGAGCUGCCAUGCUGCUGUCAUUGCCAAGGUAAGAUGAAUCAUUACCUGCCCCAAGAAAGUCCCAUAUAAAUUGUUUGCUCCUCUUGGACAUGGGAAUACCGUUGUUAUACUUAAAAAUAAGCCAUAGAAAAUAUAUUGUUUAUUUAAUCCAUAAUGGUCAGUAUUAUAUCAUUCGGAGUGAAUAAUAAAUGCCCUACUUGCCCAAUAUAUGUCAGAUGUAUAUAUAUUCCCUUUCCUACAUGGUUUCUCCCCUUCGAUGAGACCAUUGGCGCCGGAAUCCUUCCCCACCCCAUGUGGUAACUUGAGAAUAAGGUUAGAAAUGCCUUUGGCAGCUAGAAUAUAUAACGGUGAUCCCUAAAACAUAGCCAGACCAGUUCAAAUUUGGGAAAAAAAUCUGCACUAAAAUCGUGGGUAAUUUGUGCUUUUUUUUUUUUAUUCCUUAAAACUCCUACAGUUUCAUUAACCUACAAAAAAAAAAGAGUAUGUAAUAUUUUGGAUUUUUUUUCCUUCUCGAUAUUGAAAUGUCCCUAUUUCAGAAAGAAUAUUUUGUUAAAAGAAAAUGAUUGUACAUACUGAAAUAUAUGUAUUUUUGCACAAUUUUUUUUUUUCUUAUAUCCAGUUCUUGGUACAAUGCAGAUCAUCUAGUAUUUAUUUGUCAAUAAAACAAACUUUACAAUUUGAAGUGGUUCACUGCCAACCCAAACGCUAGCGGAACGCGUCGACAUCUAACACUCGAUUGUGGGACGGUCUUGUUCAUUUUUAGAUUUUGUUUUUGUUACGGCUCUGGGUUUAAUCAUCGCUCUCUAUUGGUUGUCUCAUUCAGUUAACCCCUUGUGGGUCAUGGCUCUCUGUAUAUCUGUGCGGUCGGGCUGAGCGGCCGCGCAGGCGCGUGUGUGUGAUUAUAGAUUUAAAACAAAAACCCACAGAGAAAAUGAAAGUGCCUGAUAAUAGAUUUUCAAGCGUGUACUAUUUAGCAUCUCCUUAAAACUUGAAUGUUCGGCUGUGUCUUUUUUUUUUUUUUUUUUUUGGAGUUUGCUUUUUCCACCUGUUUACUGUGGUUUCCAAAAAAAAGACAAUGAGCAGCUUUUUUUUUUUUUUUUUACCUCCUUCACUGCCAAAGUGGGGCAGCAUCACAUUGCCGAAAGCCCUUUUUGGUGCCGGAUGUGCUAAAAUCGGUUUUGAUUGGUCGGUGACCAACUUAUAUUUGUAGCCAAUACGUUAAGGGGGGAUAAAUCGUUAUUUCUGAUUUAAUAUUUUUGAUUUCUAAAAUUGUUUUGGAACCAAGACACCCCCCCCCCCCCCCCCCCCGUACCUCUAUGGAAAUAGAAAUGAAAUAUUGUGAUUGGGAAAUGGCGUCUUCCUCUGGGUUCCCUUGCCAAGCAAUUUCCACUGGUUUCCCCUCGUUCCAUUGCUAGACGAGGUACGGUCUUGACCAAGGGAAAAGUUUCAAAUCCCAAACGUUCUGACUUUUUUGUCGUCCGAGAAGGAUGGCGGUUGUUGUGCGAGGAAUUUUUUUGCACAAUGAGACCAUUUGAUAACAAGCACUACAGGUUUGUCAAUGUGAAUGUAGUUCUUGAAAGCAAUUUUUGCUCUUUUCUGUUUUUGUUUUUUUGAGCCUGGUUCUAAAAGCAAUCUCCUUCUGUUAUAAAAUGAAAAAAAAAAACUUAAAAAAAAAAAAAUAAAGUGUGAAUAGUUUGAUAAUUUGUAUUCAUAAUCAAGAGCGUCUGAUCAGCUGGACUUUGGCUGCUGUAUAGUUCAUGAACAAACAAAAAGAAAAGAAAAAGAAAUGUCAUGGCAUAGAAAAAUUACUUUGGAUAUUUAAAAGAAAAUAUAUAGUCUAUUUGUUUUGUAACAAGUUUCUGUAAAUAAAAUAA